UGCUAACUUAUAAUAAUCCUCUAAACACAUAUUUAUAUCUCCCUGGCCUUAAACCCUCAUUCAUUUUUAGAACCCUAGUUGCAGGAUUUUGUCGUUCGCUGUUAAAGAAUCUCAUCCAUGGCUUCUCGCCUUAGCCGUGUUCUUGUGUUUGCAAGAGGAUUUACCACCACCCCACACACCUCUAUAGUUCGUUCAUCGUCACCUUCUCUAGUCCAAAAAAUACUGCCCUCUGUAUGUGUUAAUCAGCCAUUUAGAUUGCUGGGAGCUCGUUUUGACAGUCACUGGCUCAUUACUAUGAAGUUUCCAGAGCCAGACCCUCCUCGCGAAGAGAAAAUAGCAGCCUUCGAACAAACCGCCGCUAAUGUCCUCGGCAGUAUGGAGGAGGCAAAAAAAAAAAUUUAUGUAGUAUCUACCACAAAUUACACAGGGUUUAAGUGUGAAUUUCCAGAGUCGCUUGUACCAACAAUGGAAAAGCAACCUGGAGUUACUUGGGUGCUUCCCGAUUGUUAUGCUGAACCACAAUACAGACCUUAUGGCCCGGGAGAUAGGUACAACAAUGGGGUAAUUACACCAGAUCCAACUCUUGCCUAUACUAGGCCAUCUGAAAGAAAUGAUGAGAGAUACAUGAACCGAAGAAGGGAUUUCCCAACACCUAUGGAACGGAAUGACAGAAGAAGAGAUCAAGACUUCAGAGGACCACAUAUGGAUGGAAGAGGCCCAAUGUCACCUGGAGACCGACAAGACAAUAGACCACCGAUGGGUGGAAGAGGUCCAUUGCCGUUUGGAGAUCGACAGGAGAAUAGACCACCAAUGGGUGGAAGAGGGCCAUUGCCAUCAGGAGACCGACAAGACAACCGACCACCUAUGGCUGAAAGAGGCCCAAUUCAAGCAGAACGUAGAGAUUACAUGCCUCCUAGAGACCCGAUACAGGGACCACAAGAAGAUGCAAUUGGGUCACAAGGAAGAGAUCCAGUUCAAGUAACCAACUGAUUAGAGUGUUGAUUGAAGAGGUAAGUUCAAGGGGAAGUCGGUCACACACAAGAGAUUCAGUUGAAGGGAAAAACUGAUUCAGUGUAUUGAUUUUAGAGACAAGUUCAGGUGACAUGUUUGCAGGCAACAUUUUGAGAGAACAGUUUAAUUUUUUGUCCUAUUAGAUUGUAUGGAGGUUCAUGGAAAAUAUCAUACAAGUCUGAGCAAACAGAAGGCUAGUUGUAGUACUGAAAUAUUUUGUAAUUGAGUUGACAGGUAUCUAUAGAUGUUUGGUUUUUAUCUCAGACUCAAGGUUACUUUA